AUGGCCGCGCCGGCCCUGGCCGAGUCCACGCCGCCCGCGGCGGCCCCUUCCCCGGCGGCCUGGCGCCGCGGUGCGGCCUGCGCGCCCGCCCUCCGGCCCGGCCCCCGCCGCCCACUCGGCCCUGCGCCGGCCCCCAGCCCUCGCCCGCGUCGGUCCCGGGGAGGCGGCGGGGUCCCAGACCGAGGGGCGGGCUGUGGGCGCCGGGGGCGCGCGGGAGGGCGGGGCGCGCGCAGGGCGGGGCGGCCCCGGAGCCCCAUCCCCGGACCUACCGGCGGCGGCGGGGCGGCGGCGGCCGCGCUCCGGAAGCCGUGCCCGGUGGCUGGGCAUCAUGGGAAUGGCACGGCCGAGUUCCGGGGGAGGCGCGCGGCCCGGCCGGACCCCCGCCCGGCGAGCGCGCGCCCACCUGCCGGCCGCGCCGCGGAGGAGCCGCAGGAGCCGCGCGCCGCCCCCGCGCCCGCCCGGCGCCCGCGCCCCGCGCCCCUCGCCGGCCCCGCCUGGAGGCGGCCCGAGCCUCCGGAGACGCCCCACCCCUCCCGUCUCCGGCCGGCCCCCGAAGUGCGCCGGGGCGCUCGGAGUUUAACUAGUGCCAUGAUGAACAUCUUUGCUGAUGUGUCCCUGGAAGCCGGCUCAGUUUUCCCAAAGAGUGAAGAGCGCCUUCACGAUGACAGAAACUCAAAUGAAAGGAGGCACGGCCCCCGCCCCACACCAGGAGCCCUGACAGCCCCUGGGAUGCAGCACUCUAGCCCGCUGGUGUGACAAUGAAGGGCGUGUCCUCGCCACGUUGGAAACAUGAGGCCUGCUGAUCCCGCUCGAGGACUGUGUCCCGAGGCUGCCGUCACAGUCCAGGCGGGCUAAUCACCACAAAGACGAUCCUUCAUUUAGCAAAGCAACUCCCCCUUCCGGCUGUUAGGAGGGGUGGGGGCACUGACCACAGUGCUCCUGGAGCCUCUGCUGGAGAGGACGAUGCGGGGCCGCGUGGAGCCUAGGCGGGCUCUCCCCGUGGCCGUGGCGCGGCCUGCCAGCAGAAGAGACGAUGGAGUGGCGUCUCACGCUGGGAUGCGCCAGCCACCGUUAGCAGCGGGGCCUCCACUGCAGAGCGGCCCGCACGGGGGCUGGCCGGGGUGCUGCGGGCUCCCUGCUGACCUCUUCCUACUGUUCCAGCUUUGAUCGUGAGCAUUGCUUUCGUACAUACAAAGACCAACUCGUAGCGUGUGGAAUGGAGCUGUGUGAAAGUUCAUGCGUGUGAGCGUAGCCACGCACACACAGCACCCAGACCAGGUCAAUGUAAUAACUCUGCCCGCUCAAUUCAGGCUUGGAGAGUCUAUUUCUGUAAAACUGUUUUUUAAAAUCACUCACCUCAAGAGUUUGGGACUGACGUAUAUACACUACCACGUAUAAAACAGGUGACCAGUGAGCAUCUGCUGUAUAGCUCUGCUCUGUAGUCAUCUAAAUGGGGAGGAAACCCAGAAAAGAGCGGAUCUGCAUAUACACAGAGCUGAUUCACUUUGCUGUAUGGCAGAAACUAGAGCGAUAUUGUAAAGCAACUAAACUCCAGUAAAAAUUAAUAAAAAAGACUCUUGCCUCAGAAAUGACUUUUA